GCCGCGGGGCCGGGUCGGCGCCUUCGGGUCGCUCCCCGGAGCGGAGCUGCGGGCGCUGAGUCGGGCCGGGUUCGUCCCGGGCCUCGCGGCGCGGUUUGCCGGUGCUCCGCGAUAGCGAGGCGUUGCCGUCCUCCAGGUAUAACAAAACAGGGAACGUAUUUUUAUUUCCAGGCUCUGGGUGUACAGCCGGAAUUUUUUGUUCCCAUGGCAGCAGCAAAUUCGACUCCGCCCGGCUCUCUGGACCUGAACCAGCCCGGGUUUGCGAAGGAGAUCCUGGGAACUAAGCUGGAGGUGAAGUACCUCUGCUCGGACUGCAGGAACAUACUGAGGCGGCCCUUCCAGGCUCAGUGCGGGCAUCGCUAUUGCUCCUAUUGCUUGAAGAAAAUUAUAAGUUCUGGGCCUCAAAAAUGUGCGAGCUGCAUUCAAGAAGGAAUAUAUGAAGAAGGAGUUUCUAUUUUGGAAACCAGCUCUGCUUUCCCAGACAACGCAGCUCGUCGGGAGGUGGAAAGUCUGCCUGCUGUCUGUAUUAACGAGGGCUGCACGUGGAAGGGGACUAUUAAAGAGUAUGAGAGCUGCCAUGAGGGGAACUGCCCGUUCCUGCUGAUUGAGUGCCAGGCAUGCAGAGGUGUGAUCCCUCUGAAUGAGAAGGAGCGCCACUCUGAGCGGGAGUGCCCCGAGAGAACCCUCAACUGCAAAUACUGCAAAUCACUUUUCUACUUCCCAGAUAUUAAGGCUCACGAUGAGGUCUGCCCAAAAUUUCCAUUGACUUGUGAGGGCUGCGGGAAGAAGAAGAUCCCCAGAGAGAAGUUUCAGGACCACGUGAAGAAUUGUGGCAAAUGUAAAGUGCCUUGCAGAUUCGAGGUUGUUGGCUGUGCUGAGAUGGUGGAAAAUGAAAAGCUACCAGAACACGAAAGCAAGUGUCUGGCAGAGCAUCUGUACAUGCUGCUGAGUUUUGUGCUCAGCCUCAAGAGUGGAUCCGGAGGCCUGAAGCACCUUCCUGCCCUUCCCUCAUCACAGAGCAGCUCUCCACUGCUGGCAGCAAACUCCCUGUGCCCAGAGUCGGAGCUCUUCAAGUCCCUGGAGCUCUUGGGAAGGUGUGACGCCCUGGAGAAGAAAACAGUGACCUUUGAGAACAUUGUCUGCGUGCUCAAUAGAGAGGUAGAAAGGGUAUCUCUGACAGCAGAAGCGUACAGCCGGCAGCACCGAUUAGACCAGGAGCAGAUCGAGACACUGAGUAACAAGGUUCGGCAGCUGGAAAGGAGCAUUGGGCUGAAAGACCUGGCCAUGGCUGAGAUGGAGGAAAAGAUCCGCAACAUGGAGGCUUCCACCUACGAUGGUGUUUUCAUCUGGAAGAUAACAGAAUUUGCCAGGAAGCGCCAGGAAGCGAUCACGGGCCGCUCUCCUGCGAUCUUCUCUCCAGCUUUCUACACAAGCAAGUAUGGCUACAAGAUGUGUCUGCGCGUUUACCUGAAUGGGGACGGCACCGGGCGUGGGACCCAUCUGUCCCUGUUCUUCGUGGUGAUGAAAGGACCCAACGACGCGCUCCUGCGCUGGCCCUUCAACCAGAAGGUGACCCUGAUGCUCUUGGAUCAGAACAACCGGGAGCACAUCAUCGAUGCGUUCCGACCCGACGUGACCUCCUCCUCCUUCCAGCGCCCGGUCACAGAAAUGAACAUUGCCAGCGGCUGCCCGCUGUUCUGCCCCGUCUCCGUGAUGGAAGCCAAGAACUCUUACGUCCGCGAUGACGCCAUCUUCAUUAAAGCCAUCGUUGACCUCUCAGGCCUUUAACCCUCUCAGCACGGAGCAGGGAAUGCAGAGCCAGCCCCUGGGCACUGCCCUGCAGGCAGGUCUCGGAGCAAGGAGGGGCGGAAGCGUGGACCUGGCCCUUCUCCAAAAGGGACCUUCUUAGUGCUGAAUGGAAACAAGGUGUCUGAUGGGAGCCCUCUUCCCUGGCAUCAGAGAGACCUUUCCGGAGAAGACGGGUGGACGUUGGCAGGCUGUGUGGUGCAGGGAUUCCUGCAGAGACUUGGAUGUCUGAACCGCCGUGCUCCAGUUUCCCAGGGGCAGUGAGCACAGCUCGCCCAGCUGCUUCAGCACGUGGCCUCAGAGCUCUGUAGUGUGGCAGGGCUUUGGCCCGCCCCAGCACUGCGGGCAGCUGUGGGAGCAGGGCUGUCCUGAGGAGCACCGCUGGGCCACGUGGUGCCUCAGAGCUGGGAGGCUGCUAUGCUCAGCUGUUGGGGCUGCCCUGCAUGCUGGGGGACUGCUGCCUCUGCUGUCUGCAGAGAGGAGGCACAGGGGAGCCCUGCGUCCCUGUGACUGCGUUUUUGGUCAGGUGUGCUCAGGGCAGGUUGGGCGGGCAGUGCUGGCUGCCUGGGACAUACAGGGCUGCAGCAGGGCUGCCUGUGGUGAAAGAUAGAAAUGCCUGUCCCCUGAAACCUGGGUUCAUGUGCUGCAGGGGAGCUGUGUAUCCAGAGCAGCGGGCUCCAGCAGUGGUGGGAGAACAGUGGCAGUGCUGGCAGCAGGCCUGAGGUGUGCACCCGUGCUCCUGUGCUUUAACCCUGGUCAUGGGAUGGUUGCAGCACUGUGGGCACCCCAACAUGCCCCAGCCCCACCGUGCCCUGCUCUUCGGCAUCAUCUGGUGGGUCCUCCUUCCCCAGGCCCAGCCCUCGUCCUCUUGGAGAGCCUUUGGUACCGGGGCUGGAGCAGGCCCUGAGGGAAGCUUGCUGUUGCCCUUGCUGUUUCUGGAUUGCUUGCACUGCUCCCUUCUGGGCAAGUGCUCUGCGCCUGUACCCCAGAGAAGGUCUCUAUUUCGUGGAGAAGAGCCUGCUGUCACAUCCCUCCAUCACGGCCCGUGUGUCCCUCUGGAGUUGUUCUGUGGUGGCCACGUGUAACACCAGACUGGCCACUGGCCGUGCUGGCCCCUCUCAGCUUGCUUCCUUUCCUCCUCGCGCUUUUCCUUCCCCUUCUCACUGCCCCAGGAGCUGUGGGAGUGGUGAGCUGGGAGAGCUGAGCCCUUACCCCCUGCCUAGGUCCUCUCCAGCCCCGGCACUGCUCCUUUGCCCUGGAGGACAGGCAGAGAGGCAGCUGCCGCUGGUUGGAGAGCGGUGACCCCCCCACACCUCCCCUGGUGCUCGGGCUGCGAUUGCUGCCUCUGUGAGGGGAGUGCAUCUCCCUCGGUUCGGGGCAGCGGUCGCUGCCACCAGCCCUGCGGGUGCUGUGCUGCUGUGCUCUCCGUGGAGGAGGCCCUGGGCUCCACAGCUCCCUGCCUGGAACAGAGGGGGAGCAGCUGGAAUUUGGAAGUGAAAAAUGACGCCAGGCUGCUCUGCAGCUGCUGCAGGCAUGUAUUAAAGCCCAGCAAAGGGCCGGGGCUGUGCCUGUAGCAUCCCUUCUCCUUUGGAGCAGUGCUGGGUACUGUGUGGGCCCUGUGCCCAGUUCCUUGCUGCAGUCCUGCUUUGUGCAAAGGCAAAGGCUGCAGCUCGGAUGGGGGCUGUGCAUUUUUCCAGGCUGGGCAGUGCAAGGGAUGGCUGUGGAAUAGGACUGGGAUGCUCCUUGCUGUUUGCACCCUGCCUGCAGCCUUGCCGCUUUGCGCAGACCCUCUCUCUCUCCCAGCCUGUCUCCAGGCUCUGCUGGGCCCAGCAGUACCACUUCACCUCAGUGCCUUAGGAGGGAAUGUAGCCCGGCAAAGGCUGAGCUCUGCAGACCAUUCUGUGGAAAUAGUUGCCAAGGAGGGCCCUUGGCCAACAUCUGCCCUGAGUGGGUGGUCAGCUCUGCUAGUUUAGAAUUGGGAAUGGUGUAUUGGGGGGGGAUGAGUGGGAAUUACACAUAUUACAGCGAAGUGAUGUGCGUGUGCUGAGCACCCUCUGCCAGGGGGGCUGCAGGUCUGGCUCUAUGGUGCUGGCACUGCCCCAGAGCCCAGGCUCAGCUGGGUGGGUCAGGGAGGCUGUCAGGAGCCGUGGGUGGCACUGGGGCGAUGGGGAGGAUGCAGCACAGCAGCCCAGUGCUGUUCCCUGCUGCUGCUUUCCUGCCCUCACACCGUGGCUGAGGAGCGCUGGUGCUGACAUUGCUGCCUGGUCCUUUUCCGUUUCUUUUAGCAUCUCCUGUGGUUGAGGGUUAAUGGCAGUGUGUGUUCCUUGCAGCACUGCAGGGUGGGGGUGAGGUGUUCCCCUGGAUGCGGCGCUGAACUGCGCUGUAAGAUGGACAUUUGGCACAAAGCACAGCUGGAGUGUUGUUUCUUUUUUUUCCUUUGUUUCUUGUUUUCCCUCUAUUUGACCACAGCUAUGAGGAAACACCCGCCUCAGUCACUGUGUCACUGUGAAGUAGUUUUUCCUUGAGGAUGGUGUGCGGUGAAAACCUCUAAUAAAAGCAGUGUGAGGA